AUGGCGACAUCAACACCCAAGAGCCAGGAUGUCCAGCGGCAACCAAUUCGCUACCCGCUGUGGUUUGGAGGCACUGCAAGCUCUUGCGCAGCUGGUGUGACACACCCGUUGGACCUCAUGAAGGUAGAACUGAACUCCGCUCAGCAAUUCGAACGGCCCGACUCACACUCUCAAGGUUAG